AUGAGCGCUCAAGCCAGUGUUUGUGAAGCGCCAUUACGGCCGCUGACUGUGCUGCUGGUGAUGAUGGUGUCCUGUGUGUUCGCAGGACGCUCAGUGUUUUUGGGCCGAGAUCGCCCACGAACGCUGCAAAUGAUUGGAUCGGCGAACCCGCGCAUGUUACACCGCAUCAGCGCCGAUCUGCACCCGGACACGUCGAAGGUUGUCCACAUUCAGGUGCCGUAUUACAUCGAGCGACCGAAAGUGCGCACCAAGAAGUUCCAACCGUGGAUCCCCCGUGGCCAGCGCUUUGUAUCACCGGCGGGACAUUCGGCACAUAUCCAGCAGCAGCUUCCAGGGCCAGUGUCCUUCGGGACGCCCUUCAAAGGAAAACCGAUCCUUCCGCACGAGUUCCUCACUAACCCAGGUCCUUAUGAUACACCGUUCGUGCCGAUGAUGAAACCUAGUCCGAUCAAUCCGCUGCACGUGGACCAACCGGCACCGGAGAUCAUGUUCGAGCCGAUUAGCAUCCUGCCGUUGGAGGCGCCCUCUUUCGAUACGGUGCGCAACCACGUGAACUACCUCAAGCAGAAGCAGCAGAAGUUCUUCGAGGGGCAAGGUCGAGAAUUCGGGCUCGGUGAUGAUGGCGAGCUGGGUUAUUACGGAGGUCCUGGGAUACCGGUGCACAAUGGAGACACUGGGCGUGAGCAUGGCGAACGGAACACGCUGUCGGAGGACGAUUUCGGACAGAACGACCGGAAGUACGAUCGGCGUGGAACGGCCGUAACAGGCCCGGUGGAACAAUCUGACGGUCGAUCAGGUGAAGAGGACUUCUACGACACCGAGGGCAAGCAGUAUCAGGACGAUGAUUUUGAGGAUUCGCGUGAGGAAACCGAUCGAGCAGCGGCAUUCGAACCGAAGAAGGUGUACACGCAGGUGCGUCAUCACGAGGUAGUGCGUCAUGUACCAAGGUCCGAGGACGAAGAGGAGGCCGAAGAUGAUCCAAGGGAUGGAGAUGGGAAAGAGCAGAACGGUGACGAUGAUGAUGAGGAUGAGGAUGAAGAAGAUGAUGACGAGCCAGAAGUGAAAGGUCCAAUCCGGGAGCGAGUGAGGCUGCAUCGCAAGAACAUUGUCUACACGGAGAAAGGACACGAUGCGCACAAAUUUGAUCACGGCGCGGAAGAGUCCUUCGGUGAGUUUGAACAGCAGGAGAAUGCAAAACCGAAAAGGAACAGGAUCAAGCGAUCACCGGAAGAUCUUCCAGCGAAUGAUGGUUCCAAUCGCACGCUCACUGAACCCGAACUCGUAGACGUGCUGGCAAUGGUGAUCCUGGGCAACUCAUCAGAAGCUCUACCGUUAGCAGAAGCCCUAACCGAUCCACGGGAGCUUCACGGCGAAGAGUUACUCCGGUUUCUGGACGAGGCGAUUCAGAACACGACCCAAUAUCUGCCCGAACCCGAACAGCGGCAGGUCAUCAGCAUCGUUUCGCCUCCGAGUAAUGUGGUCAAGUUCCCGUACUAUAAUCGUCCUGAGACUGAGAUCGAUAUGGAUUCCGCGUUGCGGUACGCCGAGAACCUGACCACCUUUAGCACGAGAUUGUACGAUGGCAAAACGGCCGGAAUCCGGUGCAAUGAGGUAGAUGUGGAGCUGGAGGAUGAACCGGAACCGAUCCCUGAUGGUAACGAUGAACCCGAUGGAGGUUUCCGGCCAAUCCGGCGACUUCGUGGGCUGGGCGAUAAAAUUGACUGCCUGAAAGUGCAGCACUUCGGAAACGACCCGCUCGAUAAUCCGCUGUUUCAAGAGGAGUUCGUCGGUGUGGCACCACGAAAGUUGUACCUUGGAAAAGGCACAACACCUACCGGACCAGCUCAAACAGCGCAGCAACCUAACCCGGCCGUGGCCGUUUACAACGACGUGAUCCGGCACAUUAAGAAGCAUCUGGCGAACCAACAGAGGCGUCAGAACUCGAAAUCCGACACCGAACAGGACACGGUGAUGAUCGCGGUUCCGCGUGUCCUUCGACUGGAUGACGAGGAUGACGACGACCUUGGUGAGGUGUCUGGGGCACACUUGAAACGGGAAGCUCGUUUGGCUUUCCCGCAAGCGAAUCCACUCCCACUGUCGAACCACCUCAGUGUUCCUAUUUUCGACAUCAGCAAGUUCGUCCCUCGAUUCAUGAUGCGCCCAAACGAGGACCUUUUCAUCGAUGAUACACCACCAAUACCACUACCAACGCCACUAACGACGGAGUCUCCACCGAAACCUCGAUUAUUGGCAAACCCCAAGGUACGCCUGCGGACACUAGUUAAGACAGCCGAACAGCUGGCAGAAGGUGCUGUUGCGGUGGAGGAAAGCGUCGAGCAGCGGCUCACCACUACCACUAGCACCAGCACGGCAAGGACACCACCGCUUCGGGACGACAUAGCGGACGCGUUCGAUGACGUGCUGCCGAAACCAAACCAACCUCCUGCACCGUUGCCGCCGAUCAAACCGUACAGCGUGGUCGAGCAGGACUCAAAGGACACUGGACCUGAACCGACUUUCAACAAGUCUGGCCCACCGUAUGCGGCUCUCGCUCUGGAGCCACCGGUUGCGCAAAGUAUCCUUAAACAGCGGAUCGCUCCGAUCGAACGCAACCAGCUCGAUCCGCAGAAGGGAAAGCGAUCGCAACACCAGACCAAGAAACGGCACCACCGGAAAUCGAGGCGACCGACCGUCACGCGCAAGAAGGUGCUCGUGUUCUACCACUGA